GAGGGAAGAGACUCGGGCUGAAACUCUUUCAUUUCCGCAUCGGGAAGGAAACACUGGUGAAUUUCACAGGCAGGUUGAUCGCAUGGGCUGGUUAGUUUCAUGACCUGGUUAAUUUGACAGGUUGGUGAAUUUCACGGGCUGGUUAGUUUUACAGCCACAGAUUGGGCGGCUGCGGGGAUGGGACGAGGAGGUGCGGCUGCCGGUCCCAGCGGUCAUAUCUAGCAGGCUGUGGGCAGGUAAUGCAACCGCAGACGGGGUGAAGCGAAGCCAUGGAUGAAUCCUCUCGCCAGCCCAAGGCGUCCAAGCCCAGCCUGAAGGCGAAGGUACCCCGGGCCAAGCGGAGGAGAACGCUGUCGGGAAGGCUGUUCGGGAGGAGGUCGCUGAGGUCGGUCGGCAGCUUCAUGAGGGGGGUCUUCAAAACUUUGUUCACUUUGGCACCUUUCGGAGAGGCGGCGCCGGCCGAGGGUGGAGGUGGGCGAGGAGGAGGAGGAGGAGGAAGAGAGGAAGAAGAUGAUGGAGGAUUCAGGGAAGGAGCUGUCACCCUGGCCACUUGCAGCGAAGGGCAACAAGAAGCAGGGGCUAGUAAGCCCGGGAGGGACCGAGUGUCCUGGUGUCAGGGCGAGAAGCCGCCCGGGGUUCUGGGCUUGAAAAACCACGGCAACACCUGCUUCAUGAACGCCGUGGUGCAGUGCCUGAGCAACACCGAACUGUUCGCCGAGUACCUGGGUUUGGAGCAGUACCGCUCUGAGCUGAGGCAGCUUCGACCCAGCUGCACCGUGGGCAGCGCCGAGGUGACGGAUCAACUGGCCGUGUUGGUCAGGGCGCUAUGGACCCUGGAGUACACGCCUCAAAUCUCCGUGCAGUUCAAGAAUAUUGUUGCAAAAUAUGGAUCUCAAUUCCGUGGGAAUUCCCAGCACGAUGCACUUGAGUUCCUUCUGUGGUUACUGAAUAGAGUGCAUGAGGACCUCAAUUGUUCACCCAACAAAAAGGCGAAGCCUUCUGUAAAGUCUCCCGUUGAUGAAAAUUCUACACGAGGCUCCCAACAGCCUGGAAUUCAGAGUUUUGUUCAAGAACUUUUCCAAGCACAGUACAGAUCAUCUCUAACUUGCCCUCACUGCCUUAGACAAAGCAACACGUUUGACCCCUUUUUGUGCAUCUCCUUGCCCAUUCCCCUUCGCCAAACCAGGGCUUUGAAUGUAAUCUUGGUUUUCCACUCGAAGAAUCAACGAUAUCUACGGAUAGGUCUUGCAGUCCCACUGCUUGGAAAUGUUGCUGCACUUCGCAAAAUGGUGGCAGACGAGGGCAAAGUAACUCCAGAUCAGGUCAUUUUAACAGAGAUUUACACCAAUGGGUUUGAGCGCUCCUUCUCAGAUGAGGAAGAUUUGAACACGAUUGGCGAAGGCGACAAUGUGUAUGCGUUUCAGGCCCCGUUUGUCCGUGGCCCUGCUCAACAUUCAGGGGGCUUCCAGAACUCGAGUGUACCACCUUCCAAGUCUGCUUCCAAUAGUUUUGAAGGAAAUCCAACAGAUUUCAAUCAGCAUGGAGCAACUGGACAAGUGCUGCUUCUCAUCUGCAACACUGCAGGACCAAGCCAGCAAGCUGUCAGGUUUGGUCCACCGUUCCUGCUGAGGGAAGAUCAUUCGUUGACUUGGGAUCAGCUGCAUCAUUGCAUCCUCAACAAAAUGUGCUACCUGAUGAAAAAUGAAACCCAUCCUCAGAACUUUGGACAUUCUUUCAGAAUCCGAGUGGUGGGGGGCUUGGCCUCCAACUGCUUCCUCUCAUCCCAAGAGUUGAGACCACUCCAUCAACCCGCAGCUGACAGGGCAUUGCGUUCCUGUGGAGCGGGUGGUCCCCCACAUAUAAAACUUGUCUUGGAGUGGGAUCAAAGGAUGAAGGACAGCUUGUUUGGAAGUAUUCAGGAGGAAGUAAUCCAGGAUGCAGAGAGUGUUCGCAUCCAGCAACAGGCCCAUCAACAGGCACAUGGCUGUACACUGGCUGAGUGCUUUGACUUGUACACAAAGGAGGAGCAGCUAGCCCCAGAUGAUGCCUGGCGAUGUCCUCACUGUAAAAACCUUCAGCAGGGCAUGGUCAAGCUCAAUCUAUGGACUUUGCCUGACAUUCUUAUUAUCCACCUGAAACGAUUUCGCCAGGUGGGAGAGAGAAGAACCAAACUGUCGACGCUAGUCACGUUCCCACCCAUUGGCAUCGAUAUGGCUCCACACGUGGUCAAGAGGAAUCAGAGCGGCAGGAACUUUUUAUCCCAUUGGUCACCAUGGCGACGACCACGCACCCCUUCCGGGAGUAAAGACGAAAACUUUGUGUAUGAUUUGUACGCUGUGUGCAACCACCAUGGUGGGAUGCAAGGAGGUCACUAUACAGCGUUCUGCAGGAACUCAGUGGAUGGACAAUGGUACGGCUACGAUGACAGCAAUGUGGAAUUUAUCCCAGAACAAGAGAUCUGUACUCGUGGUGCCUACAUCCUCUUUUACCAAAAGAGGAACACUAUUCCACCCUGGUCAGCCAACAGCUCUGUGUCAGGUUCCACGAGUUCAUCGAUCUCCGAUCAUUGGCUCAACCGAUUAACUGGAGACAACAAGCGAGGGAGCUUAGUAUCCCGAGGAUCCACCAAUUGCACGUCCCUUCCUUCAUCUCCGGAUUCUCCUGUCUUCCCUGAUAAUCCAAUAAAGGAUAAAAAUGGGGGUUUUGAAAUACGUCCAUUUGUGCGUGGUAUUCAGGGAAGGAGCAUAAGCAUGAAGGGGUCACCUGCUGCUUCUGUACCUAAAGAUGCAACUGUAAAAAACACACCACUUCGUUGGUCACUGGGAUCCAAGGACAGACCAAAAUCAAUGCCCGGUGCCCUAGUGGAGUACUUGGAAUCUGGUCGCCGGCCCAGAUGCACAAAGAAGUCCAUUGUCCCAAUAAUGACAGGUUCGACAGACCUUGACUCAACGCCAACUGCAGAUGGACCAACAGAUUGUAAUGCUGACAGUGCAAAGCAGACGGGAAAGGGAUUGAAUGUGGAUCACUGCCCAACGCCUGCUGCAAACAGGGAUGGAAAGACACUUUCAGAGCAAACAACCGUCUCUUCCAACAACCUUCAGAGAAGCUGUAGCAAAGAGAACUCUAUCGAUGAAAAGACAAGUACACUGAAGAGAGACAGCAAACAAAGAGGCACUGGGACCUUGCAAAGAAAGUCAUCUAAAAUACCAGUCGAUAAAUCAGAAGGGUCAAAAGGUGCCCCACUUGUUAAAACUGAAGAGCCCUUACAACCAAGAGACAACAGAAUAAGUAAGAGUAUUAGUGGAUAUAGUAUUGGUUCUUUGAGCAGCUUAGCUCUAAGUGACACUUUGAAGAGAAGGAAAGGACAUCAUGGUAUUGAGAAGAUGGAGAAAUCUCCCUCCCAAAGGAGUACGGAUCUUGAACUAAUCUCAUCUUCAAUCCCUCAAGAAGCAGAGAAGGACAGGAAUACUGAAGAAGCAAAGCUCAUUGACAGAAAGUUUUCAUUUUUGAAAACAAACUUUUUGAAGAAGGAUUCUAAAAGGCCCAGAGAAUUUGAGAAAUGUCGGACUGUCGAGAAUAUCGGUGUGUCUUCAAGGAUCUCUCUCUCCAACGGAGCUCUGAAUGGUAAGCACAGGGCAGACUCUAUCAACGAGAGCAGGGCAAAAGUAGAAGUAAACGGUGCCAAAAACUCUGUCAAACACAGGGAGGAAUUAAACAACGGCAGAAUAAGCCUUUCUGGAGAAGAAAUUCGACGAUCUCAGAGUUCGUCUAACAUUGUGGUCAAGGAUGACUUGACCUUGAAGAGGUCGACUUCACUUCAGAAGAAUGGGCCGGUUUCACAACAGGCCAGAAGAUACGGUACAAUGCAAAGGAUGAGAUACAGCACUUCUUCACUGGGAAGGAAAAAACCUGUGCCUGAAUCAAGUUUUUAACCAACUGCUGAUUGAUUGAACAUAAUGAAGUGAUUGUAGUUUUAUAAUUAGUUGCACUAUUUUUCUGUUCCUUGUUUUACAUUCUUCAAUUAAUAUCCAAUAUUUGUAAGUAAUGUUUGAAAUUUUACACCUAUCUAAGGAUGAACCUAAGAUUAUAUAGAUUUGUUAACUUUCUGUGUCAUAAGCUCAAUCCUUUCCCUUUAACAUAAUUGGCUUAUUUUAAUCAGAAUGCAAUAAGAUUUCAAUGUAACUCAAGUAAUGUUAAAAACCUACAGCAAUCUCCUUAACAAAUUUUAAUCAUUGAUUUGUUAUAAAAGAAUACUUUUGUAAAAAAAUAAAUUUGUAUUGUAGAUAAAUUUUAAUGGUGUAACCAAAAAUAUUAAUAUUUACAGAAGAGGAAGUUGUUUUGCUGCCAAAACUUGAAUGUCACCUGUUAACAUCUAGUGUGUAUUAAAUCAUCAUUUAUGUGAAGGAAUAUGGCACAAGAUUUCAUAUCAAUUAAAUACUAUCAGAUUACUGCA